AUGAAACCCACUAAAGAAGUAGCUUCUACUGCUGCAAAUCUCAACAUGUUGAACCAUCAACAAUUAUUCUUGAGCGGUAUGCCUCAACAACAACAACAACCGCCAGUACCACAAAUUCCAGUGCAAUUCCAUCAACAAAGAAACAUUCUUCCAAUCUAUCAAUCCGGAGUUUGUGCAAAGAAGAUGCAACAAUUUGUCCAUUGCCAGCAGCGCCGGACGGCCGACAACAACAUUAUCUUCUGGAAGAGAUUUGUGGCCGAGCUUUUCGCUCCGAAUGGUAAGAAGAGCUUCUGUUUCUCCUUGUAUCCAAGACCAAAAACCAGAGCCAAUUUGUCCCUUGGUAGUAUGAAAAAAUGUGAUAUAUGCAAAAAGAAUCCUGUUAAUGGCUAUGAAGCGUGUUUUGAUGUUCUUCCAAGGCUUUUAAAGGUGAAAUAUGAAAGUGGACUAUUGGAAGAGAGACUUUUUACCGACAUUCCCAGCGAAUUCAGAGACCCUUCUGGCUACAUUGUUCUGGUAUGUAAGAAAGCAAGAAGAGAAAGCUUGUUCGACAAGUUUCGAGUCGUCCACAAAGGUUCCAUUCGAAUAGUUUUCUCCCCUUACAUCAAGAUAUGUUCUUGGGAAUUCUGCGUGACGCACCACGAAGUGUUCAUUAGCAGAAGCCAUUUGGUUCCUAAUGUGAAUCAAAUUGGUGAUGCCAUAUCAAAGUUCCAGAAUUUCGCAGCCAAUAAUAAUGUUACUGCUGAGGAGUUUCAAGAAAGUAGCAAUAAGUUGGUUGCAGUAACACAAGAAUUGGCUAAGAAAUUGGAAGUUCCAAUGCUUGAUGAUUAUUCGGGGUUUGCUAAGAGCUAUGUUAGGUGCCUUCAAUUAGCAGAAGUUGGGAACUUGAUGAAAGGCGUGAUUGAUUUCAGCAUACGGAAUAAGAUUGGACCUAUCGAGAGCUUGGAAAAAUUUCCCAAGAAACCUAGAAUUGGUGAUCAUGGUGAAGAUCAAUUGCAGCAACAACAGCAGCAUCAAAACGGGAAUCAUGAUUUGAAUAAUGGUGGUAGGAACAAUGGACACACACCUGGUAUUCAAAUUGGUUCUUCUAGGAAUGGUACCUUAGCCACGUCAAGCACUGUUCAGAUUCAUAAUUCAGUUGAUUCUAGGGUUCAAAAUUCAGUGAAUGGUGAAGAAAAUGCUCAGAUUCAGCCCCCUAAUUCCCUCCCAUAA